UUAGGCAAAUUUAUUCAAUGGAAUUUAGUUCAUCUAACACAAUUAGCAUCUGUAUUUGGCCAUUUUCAAGUCAGAUACCAUCAUCGAUAAAGCAUGUUGCUAAAAUUACUAAAUAUUUCCAUCAACCAGAAAGCUUUAAAGUCUAACUAUAGGCCAUAAAAAGUAAUAGGAGGGUCAAAUGGUUGUGGGAGGAUUCAUAAACACACACACACACACCACCUUCAGCGUUUUUAGCGGAAGGUCUUUAGGUAAUGCAGAACUGUAAAAGAACAUGUUUCAGAUGUUUGUUUUAUAUUGUUUGUGCUGGAGAUGUUGCGCUGGUGUGUUUGAUGAAUUGGUGUCAGUGAUGGAGGGAGAUUCAGUCACUCUAAACUCUGGUGUUACUCACAUUCAAGAGGCUGAAGAAAUACUGUUGACACAAGGAGCCAAAAAUACUCUGAUAGCUAAAAUCACAAUUAAAAACCAAACUGUCCCCAAACUCAAUGUUGUUAAUGAGAGAUUCAGAGACAGACUGAAGCUGGACAGACAAACUGGAUUUCUGGUCAUCACAAACAUCACAACUGAACAUGCUGGAGUUUAUAAACUAGACAUGGGUGGAGUAAAACUGACACCAAAAACAUUCAAUGUUUCUGUCUAUCCUCUUCUGCUUGUUCCUGUCCUCAUCUUCAACUCUUCUCAGUGUUCUUCAUCCCAGUAUAAUUGUUUAGUGGUGUGUUCAGUGGUGAAUGUGAGCGCUGUGAGUCUCUCCUGGUACAAAGGAAACAGUUUAUUGUCCAGCAUCAGUGUGUCUGAUCUCAGCAUCAGUCUCUCUCUACCUCUGGAGGUGGAAUAUCAGGAUAAAAACACCUACAGCUGUAUGAUCAACAACACCAUCAGCAACCAGACCACACAACUCAACGUCACUCAGCUCUGUCAACAGUGUAAAGACUCUGUGUCGCUGCCGGUCCUGAUCUCUGCCACUGCCGCCACUGUUGGACUUUUGUUGAUUGUAGCUGGACUCGGGAUCUUCUGCAUCUGCAGGAGAAAUAGAAAACAUGAUGAAAAAGGCAAGUGUUAAUUACAGCUAUACAUUAACAUCAGUAUAACUAACGAUUCUCUUUUUUAGUGGUAGUGGAACCGUUGAAAUGAAAGGUGUUCACACACAAACUAAAACAAACAAUAAAAACUGCAGUGUUAAAUGUUUAAAGAUUGAAACUGAGUUUUGUUCAUGUAAUGCAUGGAUUAUUGUUUUUGCUAAAACAGUUCAGACCCGGGAAGAUGAAAUAACAUACGUUGAUCCCAUAAUCCUCCACAGAAAACCACGGAAAUCGAACAUUAAAGAGGAAGAUCAUGUGGAGUAUUUACCUCUUGCCUUGAGAUGAUCAUGCAAAUCCUGCGAGGAAUAGAUGCAAAACUUUCAACGAAAAGGUGUUUAAAACAUUGCUGUAGUUUAAUUGCUUUAUUUAUUAAUGUUUGCACAUGUAUAUCAGUGGGAUUAAUACAUCUGGCAUGUACAGGCAUAUGAGCUUUUCUGCUUAAUGUCAGUGUGCGUGAGAGUGUGUGUAUGUGUGUGUGAGGUGUCAGUAGAGUGUUAUUAAAGGACGUUUCCAUUCCUGCUCGUGUGAAACCAUUAGACUUCUGCUUUAGACAAAAAACAAAACAAAAAGUGUUCAUAUUGAACAUUGCAUUUACAGGUAUUAUUAAAAUAACAGAGUUCUCCAAUAACGAUAGACAAAAACACAAAACAAUAAUUAUGUGUCCAUAUUUUUAUUGAUUUUUUUUUUCUUUUUCAGUAAUGUCUAGUACAUAAAUCACACAAAGUCUGAGAAAUAGUUUUGGAUUCACCCUCAGUGCAGACAACCAUUUUUUGCAAUGUAUGACAAUGCCAUUCCUGAUAGAAGCCCAUUACAAAAACAAGGGUCGGACAAUGAAACUGAAACACUGGCCAAUUUAGUGUUAGAGGUUUCAUGGCUAAACUUUAGCACCCUGGUGCCAGUCGUCAUUGAUUGCUCAUUCCACCACUAAGAGCAGAGUGUGGAGGUUUAAUUAGCAGAGUAACCAACAGGAGUAACUGUGGACGCAAGCGGAAGCUUUCUGAAAUGGAUAUCCGUGUGCUAAUCUGGAUUUUAUCCAAACAUUAAAAAAAAAAACAGCUGCCUGACUCAGAAUUAAAGUAACUGUACAAUUAAAUGUGCAGCUCAACUUUCUUGUAUUACACCAAAACUGUUUGUCAGGAGCUACACAUGGUCAAUAUACAUGACCGGGCUGCUAUAGCCAAACCUUUGGUCACUUGUGCUAAUGCCAAUCGUCAGUUUCAGCGGUGCCAGCAGUGAAAAUCUUGGGCUAUAGACAAUGUGAAACAUGUAUUUCUCUGUAAUGAGUCCACCUUCAUUGUUCAAGCCCCACUGUUCAAGCCCCAAAGAAGCGUACUACCCAGACUGGCCAGACCCAGAGAGAAGCAUGGGGGUGGAUCAGAGGUGGUUUGGGCUGCAAUAUCAUGGCAUUCCCUAGGUCUAAUACUUGUGCUGGAAGGGUUCAUCACUGCCAAGAACAACCGAAUCAUUUGUGCACUCAAACAUUGUCUCCUGAAGCCAUGUACCCAUAUCAGGAUGAUAAUGCACCAAUACACACAUCAAGACUGGUGACAGAGUGGUUUAAUGAACAUGAAAGUGAAGUUGAACAUCUCCAAUGGCCUGCACAGUCACCAGACCUAAAUAUUAUUGAGCUACUUUGGUGUGCUUUGAAAUGUUUUCCUCCACCAGCAUCACAUAAUGACCUGGUUACUAUUCCGCAAGAAGAUCGGCUCAAAAUCCCUCUGGCCACUGUGCAUGACUUGUAUCUGUCAUUCCAACACAAUCUCACGGCAAUUCGUAACUUUUUCAUUUAGUGGCUAAAGGAGGCCCUACACCAUACAAUUGAAUGAUUGAGGUCUAAAACUAGACGUUUCAGUUUCAUUGUCUAACCUCUGUAUUUAUUCAUUUUUUAUUUAUUUAUUUAUUUAUUUUUGUGUGUUUUACAUUUUGUAACAGGGAGUCCAAAAUACAGUUUUGAACAAAGCAACACAAUUCACUCACAUGAGCUAGGGCUACCUAAAGAACAUUGAAAAGUUUGUAUUUGACCAAUAUGAACAAGAGGUUUGUGACAUGUUUUAAACAAUAUGUAAGUGUGAAAUUUACCUCACAGAACACAGAUAAAUUACAAGCUGCGAAUCCAUCAUGUUGCCAGAUCUCAAGAAAAAAUAGUAAUCAAGAACAAAUACAUUAUAAAAAAAAAAAAAAAAUAUAUAUAUAUAUAUAUAUAUAUAUAAAUACUUUAUAUAAAAAACAAAACUAAUAUAAAGCUAUCUGUAUCUGCUAACUUUACUGACAAUAAUGAAUUAGAGAUUUAUGAACGCAGCCUGAAGACAAAGCCCAAGGCGCUGAAAGUAAACAGAAAUGGCAACACCCUUUGAAAUGUUCUAGACCAGAAUAAAAAAGCACUUUAUACACUGCACUACUGCCCUCAACUGGAAUAUUUCAUGUCUGCAGACAAAAGACCUUGUUAGUUGAUUGUUGACCAUAUUACAUUACAAUCCAAAUCUUAGACAAAUGAUAAAAAAUUGUUUAAAAUAUAUAUUUCCACAUGUCAAAAAUAGCUUUUAACAUUCACCAUCUUCUGUGUGUAUGGAAAAAAAACGGAUUCCAUUGUCCAUUCUGUUAGCUUGAGUUAUUUCCAAUUACAAACACAAAAAAAUUUCAUAAGUCAAACUCUGAACUCUGAGCUGAAUUAUUAGAAUUAUUACAAAAGCAAACAAAUAAAGCAUUAUGGUCCCUUCAAAAAAAAUCCCCAAAUAACCCAGAACCUGAUUUUAGUCAACAACCAACACAAAGGUGAAACAGUUAUAAAUAUGAAACUAAAGAAAAUUGCAAACGAUUAAAUAAAUAAAACAGACAAAUUGUAAACAAAUCAAACUACUUGGUCUAUUGAAAUGAACAGAAUAAAAAUGUACAAAAACAACACUCACUUUAAGACUGAACGCAUAAAUCUACAA